AAAAUAUUGAAUAUUUUGCAUCCUCGUAGCAUUAUAAAAAACAAUCCACUACACUACAUAAGUCGACAAGUUUUGAAUUGUUAUGUUUUCGCUGACUUUCAAUGAAAGAUUAAAAAGUAAAACAAAUUAAAUAUUAAAAUCUAAACUAACCUCAAAUUGUAUCUAUACUGAAUACCCGCUGUUACCUUCACUGGCUUUGAACACUGUCGCAUGUAAAAAAAAAAAAUUCAAUGUUAAGAACGGUAAAAAAUAUUGUCAGCUCAAAAUACUGUUUGUUCACAUCUAUAAAAAUUAACAAAAUCCAACGUUUGUCUCACGAUUCUCACAAUGAUAAUUGAAAAGCUCAGUAGUUAGCAUUGCAGGAAUGACUCGAAAAUUAAUUUUAUAAAAAUAUUGGGAUACGACGAGAACUGUUGCCAAGUUGAUUGGACUGAUGGCGAAGGGGGGUGAAUGAAGGGAGGAGAAACGGAAUGAAUAGUCAAAAAGUCGAAACAAAUGCCGCUAGAACCUGCCAACUUCAAACUGACUGGUUGUCAAUGGUUGUGUGCAUGAUCUAUGUUUUAUUUUGCGCUCCCCGCCUAGUGGUUCUCAGAAUUUCGGAUGAUUUGCGCAGCUGAGGGAUUGGUGGAAAGUGUUCCCGCGCAAUGCAAAUUACACUAAUGUGGUGUGGAGAAAAUAAACACUUGCUUUGCUACCUUUCAUUAUAAACGUGGCUAACAAGUUACACCAGCCACACCGUAUAAUUUUUUAUUUUAUUUAUCGAUCAAUUAGCCUGCCUCCCCCAGCGGCAAAUGAAUUGUACAAAUUAAAAAUGUAAAUAACAUUCAAUCAAUCCAAAAACAAUCACCCUCAACAUCAUAAAGCAAAAAUAUGUGUAACCCAACAACAUUAAAAAAAAAACAAACUAAACAAAAUGAGUAUCCAUUCACUGGCAAUGAAAUUUACCAUUCAGCCAUCUUCUCUCAAAAAAUUUCCUGGAGUCUCUCUAUAAAAACUCGAUUUUUCUUUGUUUUUUCACUCAUUCGCCAAAAACAUGGCGGCCCCACUUCUGACUUGUCAUUAUACUCAGCCUUUUAAUAAGUAUCUGUCAUUCUGAAAAAUCAUCCAGAGUACCGGCUCAUAGUUAUUCGCUCACAUAAACUCUCACCAACUGUCAAACAAUUCCAUAAGCCACAGACACGUGACGUUUAAUUGUCUCCCCCGUGCUCGGUACAUUUAUAACCUCCAAAAACGCGUAAUUCCUAUUGCCGCAUAACAAACUGUAUACUUCUCUCGAAUAAUGCGCGCGCAGACCCUUUUCUCCAAAAAAUUAUGUAUCAAAAAACUGCUACAGUGAAGUUGUCAGUUAGUUUUCCUCAAAUUCACCGAAAAUGAAUGAAUAAUCGGUAAAAAUAAAUCAGUCGAAAGUAGAGGUGAGUAGCCAUACAAACAAAGAAGUAAACAAACCUGGAAAGCUCCCGAUCUUGUUAGGAAAAAAAAAAUCUCAAUUUCGAGUUCGCCGAGAGUCCGAAAAUCAAUGAAGUGAACUAGUCGCGAUGGCAUACGCACCUCUACCAAAACUGGUGCCAAUUGAUAGUCCCCGAGUGGCUCCUGAUGAAGUAUCUAAAGUGAUGUAUCCAGACCUUCUUCACUCUGAGCCCGUUCAACGUCUCCUGAACCAACCAAACAUCGUGAUAAAACCGAUAAACAUUCCCGAGGAUUCGACUUCCAAAUCGACGAAAGGAAGAAUCAAAACAAGCAAAGAGAAACGCCCGAGACCUGACAUCACAAUGUCCCUGGUUGAUCUGAAUCCUGAGGAUCUGCUGAAGCCCCUGAAGCCUCCCAAGUGUCCGCUGGAGCCACUGGAACCUCCGGAGUGCCCCCUGGAAUCCUCAAAGGAUUUUCUCAAGUCCACGAAAACUUUGUAUCUACCCUCGAAAAUCGCCGGCGAUUCUGGCAUAUCUUUGCAUCCGAUAAUCAAUCGUCGAAGAAAAUGCGGGCACAGCGGCCCCUGCGAAAAUAUAAUCUGCGAUGUGAACGUCCAGCAAUACGUCGACAUGACUGGCGCUUCCCCGUUGAUUGCUACAAACAUCCCAGAAUCGGAAAUAACCGCUCCUGUCUCAAAACACUGUGGAAAUUCCCUUUGCGAUGCUCUCAGUAUCGAUCACAAUCGCUGUCGAAGAUUGAAAUUAGAAUUGAAACGUUGUGAUAAAUCAAAUGUCUGCGAUAUAUGCGGUAUUGUCCUGAAGAAUCGAAAGACCAGAAUUCAUCACAAAAAUUGCAAGAGACGAAACGAGUACAGGCACAAUCAAGUGGAUGGUGCACAGAUCCUCAAAGAGAGAAUGAGAGAGACCGAAAUCCAAAUGAUGGAGGCCCUGAGGAAGAAGCGAAAUGAUCACGUCGAUGAGUUGUCAUCAGCCGCUAAUGAUAGGGCUGCUGAGUGUUUGAAAAAGAACUCAGAGCUCAUUGUCAUACCGAAAGCACCAGUGCCAGGAUUCAAUCAAUCGUUUAUAUCGAUUAACAACAUCUCCAAUCCUCCAGUACCACCACUGGCUCCGGUCCUUCAGAAUAUUCCAGUUGUCCUCCAGCCCCAGGCCCAGAAGUUUAUCAUUAAUAAUCAGAACUUCGUACUUCCUAAUUCCGAUAAAAAUUCUCCAUUUUCUAAUCCCAGUAAAUCGAUUUCUAAUUCAGAAAUUGGAAAAUCAAAAUCUGGCUGUUUACAAGAGAACAGAGUCGUGAUGCCUCAUUUGCCACCAAGGGCGAUAGCAUAUCCUCUGAAUGUUAACGAGUGGAUAGUCCAACAGGGUGCAUCAGUGGCACCGAAGCCAGUGAUGAUGCCAAUUACGGUUGUUCCCAUUGCAAACCUCAAGAGUGAGCCCUCGAUGCUUCAUAGGAAGGAGGGAGUUCCCAGGUUUUGCAUAAUCGCUAAUAAUACCAUUCAAAUGCAAUCAUUCGUCAAUGUGCAGGCAGUUCCGAGCAUUCGGCCUGUCUCAGGGGUUUUGUCCGCAAACCCGGGCAAAUCUCUUUUUAUUAAACCGACCCCAGUUAUGCCCAUCAGACCUGCACCCAUGAAACCUGUGGGGGCGAGGUCUCAGGAGAAGUUCAAGAAGCAUUCACCCAAAAGAAGAAUGAAGUAUAAGAGGAGAAAGAAGGGGGAGAAAAAGCCUUUUGAAUGUACGUACUGCUCGAAAAGAUUUCUAACUGAUUGGUACUUUAAAGUGCAUGUGGCUAAGCAUAAAGGGGAAAAGACAUGUGUGAAGUGUGAAAUUUGCGAGACAUUUUUCAAAAAUGAUAGUGAGUUGAAGAAGCAUAUUAGCAACGAGCACAAGAACAAGCUUGAGGUGAAAACGGAGGCAAUUGUCGACGAUGGAGCGCUUGACUAUGAGGAGGGCGAUGGAGAUGAGCAGAAAGAGGAGAUCGUGUGUGAAAACUGUGAGACAAGCUUUGAAAGUACAUUGGAUAUGAAAAAUCACAGUUGUUUAGAUGUUAAUGACAUGUUCUCCGAUAUUGAAAUUAAGUAUGAAGAGGUUGUAGAGGAUGAGGAGGAUAUGGUGCUGGAGGCAUUGGAAGAAGGAAGGGAUGAUGAUACUGAUGAUGAUGAUGAUGACGAUGAUGAUAAUAAUGAUGAUGAGGAGGAGGAGGAAGAGGAGGAGGAGGAGGAGGAGAAAGAGAAGGAGAAGGAAAAGGAAACAACUUUUCAGGGAACUGUCGAAGAGGGAGGGGACGAGGAUGAUGGGAUUGAAGAUUAUGAGGGCUUGGAGGAGAUUGAGGAUAUGGAAGAGACUGAGCUGGUGGAAGAGGAGGAGGGGGCUAAUGAUGAAAAUAUAUCUUUAUCUUUUGAGGACGUCAAUGGCAGAGUUAAUGGAGUAAUAGAGAUGAAUAAGGGGACUGACGAUGAGGACUACAGAAAAACAAGGAGGGAAGAGAGGCAUUCCAGAAAAGCUGAUAAUAACGAGAUAUACGAGAGAGCUGAUAUGAAUUCGAGGGAGAGAAAACGAAAAAGGAGAUCAAUUCACCGAUGAGACAUGACUCCAAACUUUGUAUUUUUAAAAGUUGCAUCACAUUUGCUCACGUCGCGGGUUGAAA